AUGUUAAAAGAAACCGUUGAUAGUCGUAAGGAGGAUUUAGAAGAACAAAAUAUCGGUUCUUUUAACCGGAAUCAACAUAAAAUAAAUCGUAAAUUAAGUUUAAAUAAGUUAGACUCUCCGUACUAUUCCUAUUAUGUUGAUAAAACCAUUCUAAACAACGAUUCUAGAUAUUGGGCAAGACAAUCUACGUUACCUCAACCUUCGACACCUUCAGAAAACAUGCCAUCCGAUAUCGGAAGCAUAAAAGAAUUUGAUGGCGGAAAGGCGGACGCUGAAGAAUUUAUAGAUGAGAAUGUUCAGGUUGAAUUGGAAGCCAUCUAUACCGAUUUUCAAAAAUGUCUUGAAUUACGUGAUAAGUACAUGAAACUUUCUCUACAAAGGUUGGGUGAUAAUCCGAAGGAUAAAGAAAGCUGGGUAAUCUAUCCUCAACCGCCAAAACCAACUUGGGAAAAACCUCAAUCGCAAUAUGAAUCACAUAAACAGUAUAAAGAAAAAAAAGCCGUUGGUGAAGAUUUCAAAUUUGAUGAAUGUAAUAUACCUGAAGAGCAUGAUUUUCUUUACGCACUUGACAAACAUGGUGUUUAUCAAGUUUACGAAACUCAAGAAUGCCUUGAGAAGGGAAAACCUGCUUAUACCAUUCCGCGGAGUAAUGAAUAUUUUAAGGAUCUUGAUUAUAUUCUUAAAGUAAUUUCAGAAGGUCCGGCAAAAAGUUAUGCAUACAGGCGUUUACGUUAUCUUGAAGGAAAAUGGAAUAUGUUUGUUCUACUAAAAGAAUAUCAGGAAGUGGUUGAUUCAAAGAAAGUUUCCCAUCGCGAUUUUUAUAAUGUCAGAAAAGUAGAUACACAUGUUCAUCUAUCUUCAUGUAUGAAUUCCAAGCAUCUACUAAGGUUUAUAAAGUCCAAAUUAAAGAGACAUGCUAAUGACGAAGUAAUUUACAGAGAUAAUCAAGUGCUUACACUUACCCAAGUAUUUGAGAGUUUAAAAUUGACCGCAUAUGAUCUUAGUAUCGACACUUUAGAUAUGCAUGCUCAUACUGAUUCGUUCCAUCGAUUUGAUAAAUUCAAUUUGAAAUAUAAUCCUAUUGGAGAAUCCCGCUUGAGAGAAAUAUUUUUGAAAACAGAUAAUUAUAUCAAGGGAAGGUAUUUCGCAGAGCUUACCAAAGAGGUAAUUUCUGAUUUGGAAUCAAGCAAAUAUCAGAUGGCAGAGUAUCGGGUUUCGAUAUACGGACGUUCGAAAUCUGAAUGGGAUAAAUUAGCGCAAUGGGUUAUAAAUCAUAAAAUAAUUUCACCAAAUGUUCGGUGGCUUAUUCAAGUGCCAAGACUUUACAAUAUAUACAGGGAGGCCAAAACUGUCGAAACUUUUGAAGAUAUAAUCAAAAAUUUAUUUGAACCCUUGUUUGAGGUUACGAAAAAUCCAAAAACUCACCCAGAGUUACACGUAUUUCUCCAACGUGUAGUAGGUUUUGAUAGUGUAGAUGACGAAUCUAAAGCCGAACGACGUAUUCAUAAGAAAUAUCCCCAUCCAAAGGAAUGGGAUACAACCCUUAAUCCACCCUAUUCUUACUAUUUAUAUUAUAUGUUUGCUAAUGUGGCAAAUACUUUUGUUCUUCGGCCACAUGCUGGUGAGGCUGGAGACACAGACCAUUUAACCUCAGCCUUUCUUACUUCUCAAUCUAUAUCACAUGGAAUUUUGUUACGCAAAGUUCCUGCGUUACAGUACCUUUAUUAUAUUAAACAAAUUGGAAUAGCGAUGUCACCUUUAUCUAAUAAUGCUUUAUUCUUGAAUUAUGAAAGAAAUCCCUUUUUAAGCUUUUUUCAGAAAGGGUUAAAUAUCAGUUUGAGCACAGAUGACCCUCUCCAAUUUCAUUACACUAGAGAACCAUUGAUUGAAGAAUAUAGUGUUGCGGCUCAG